UGACAGGCGUCCGUCUUCAGAGACUGGAAAGUAGUCAAAAUGUGCAUCGAAGUAGCUUAAAUGUGGCACUGCGUAGUGAAGACGUUGUAAAAAAAAGUCGACUGAACAGGUUUAAUAAGAAUACUGGAUUGCUUUUACAGAGCUCAGGAAACGCGAGGCGGACACUCCCAGCCUGAAGACAAGUGGAAAGAAAAACAAAGACAGAAAAGUUUCACAUUUGUCUUCUUUCAUGCCGCUCGGGGGGUCAAGAUGCCCACCAACUUCACUGUGGUGCCAGUGAAGGAUGCCGAGGGUGACAGCAGCAGCGGCGGCACGGCUGCAGGCGGCGGCGGUGGCGGCGGUGGCGGCGUUGGCGGCGGCAAACCUGUCAGCCUCAACAACAUUUUCAGGGAUGAAGAUAAAGACGAUAACUCAGACGGAUCCCAGUCAGGAGACGACAGUCAGAGGGAGUCCCGUCCAUUCAUUUCAGAUGACGAUGUCGAACCGUCCAAUGGCAAGACCAUGGCCCUGUUUGAGGAAGAGAUGGAUAGUACCCCCAUGGUGUCGUCGCUUCUAAACAAGCUGGCCAACUACACAAACCUGACUCAAGGUGUCCGAGAACACGAGGAGGCUGAAGAUGGGAUCAGAAGAGUUGCUGUCAUGGUCCCCCAAAUGGGAACGUUCAUCGGCGUGUACCUGCCCUGCAUGCAGAACAUCCUGGGCGUCAUCCUCUUCCUGCGCCUCACCUGGAUUGUGGGAACGGCUGGCAUCCUGGGCUCGUUCGCCAUCGUGUCCAUGUGCUGCGCUUGCACGCUCCUCACAGCCAUUUCGAUGAGCGCCAUAGCAACCAACGGAGUGGUCCCAGCAGGCGGAUCCUACUACAUGAUCUCCAGAUCACUUGGACCAGAGUUCGGUGGAGCGGUGGGUCUCUGUUUCUACCUUGGGACCACCUUCGCUGGAUCCUUGUACAUACUGGGCACCAUCGAGAUAUUACUGACCUACAUUGUUCCAACGGCGACGCUGUUUGAGGCUACAAGCGUCGAAGGUGAAGGCACGGCGGCGCUAAACAACGUGCGCGUCUACGGCACGUGUUGCCUGCUUCUCAUGGCGCUCAUUGUGUUUGUCGGGGUGAAGUAUGUGAACAAACUGGCCCUGGUGUUCCUGGCCUGUGUCAUGCUCUCCAUCAUGGCCACCUACGCGGGAGUCAUCAAGACUGUCAUUGAACCACCAGAGUUUCACGUGUGUCUUCUGGGGAAUCGUUCUCUGACCAACGAGCAAUUCGAAGUAUGUGCCAAGACCGAGGUGGUCCACAACAAGACCGUGAGCACUCGACUCUGGAGGCUUUUCUGCGACAGCGAACAUCUCAAUGCCAGCUGUGAUGAAUACUUCACGUUGAACAACCUGACGGAGAUAAGAGCAAUUCCGGGACUCCUGAGUGGAGUUCUCAAAGAUAACCUGUGGGGGGACUACGGUCCAGCCGGCACGGUAAUCGAAAAGAAAAGCCAGCGUUCCGUGCCGGCUCAAGACGCAUCCAGUGAUAUCUACAAACCCUACGUCUUCAAUGAUAUCAGCACCUACUUCACGCUCCUGGUGGGAAUAUACUUCCCCUCCGUCACAGGUAUCAUGGCUGGCUCCAACAGGUCUGGAGAUCUACGAGAUGCCCAAAGAUCCAUACCCUUUGGAACCAUCAUGGCCAUUCUCACCACCUCUUUCUUCUACAUUUCCUGUGUGCUCUUGUUUGGAGCUUGUAUUGAGGGUGUGGUGCUGAGGGACAAGUUUGGGGACUCGGUGAAGAAGAAUCCAGUAAUCGGCAUCCUGGCUUGGCCGUCGCCGUGGGUGAUUGUGAUCGGGUCGUUUUUCUCCUGUUGUGGGGCGGGCCUUCAGAGCCUCACCGGCGCCCCUCGACUUCUGCAGGCCAUCGCACGUGAUGGGAUCAUUCCAUUUUUACAGGUUUUCGGUCAUGGAAAAGCCAAUGGCGAACCCACCUGGGCUCUGCUGCUGACAGUCGCUAUCUGUGAAAUCGGAAUUCUCAUCGCGUCCUUGGAUGAUGUGGCUCCCAUUCUGUCCAUGUUCUUCCUCAUGUGCUAUCUUUUUGUGAACCUGGCCUGUGCUGUUCAGACUUUGCUACGAACCCCCAACUGGAGACCUCGAUUCAAAUUCUACCACUGGACUCUGUCUUUUUUCGGGAUGAGCCUGUGUUUGUCUCUGAUGUUCAUCUCCUCCUGGUACUACGCCCUGGUUGCCAUGGUGAUAGCUGGCUGCAUCUACAAGUACAUCGAGUACAGAGGGGCACAGACGGAGUGGGGAGAUGGUUUACGAGGGCUGUCUCUAAACGCAGCACGCUACGCUCUGAUCCGUCUGGAGGAAGCCCCGCCACACACCAAAAACUGGAGGCCGCAGCUAUUAGUGUUGUGCAAGCUGGACUCGCACCUGUCCGUCAAACAUCCUCGCCUCCUCUCCUUCACCACGCAGCUCAAAGCAGGAAAAGGACUGACCAUCGUUUGUUCCGUCCUGGAGGGAACCUACAUGACCCGAGGAGCUGAUGCCAAGACCGGGGAGCAGAACCUGAAAGCUGCCAUGACUGCAGAGCGAACCAAAGGUUUCUCCCACGUUGUCGUGUCCUCCAACCUGCGAGAUGGUUUCUCUCUCCUCAUCCAGUCAGCAGGACUAGGCGGGAUGAAACACAAUGCGGUCCUGAUGGCUUGGCCGGCAGGCUGGAAGCAAGCCCGGGACUCCUCCGCCAGGAGGAACUUUAUAGAGACGGUAAAAGAGACGACGGAGGCGCAUCAAGCUCUGCUGGUUGCAAAGAACAUCGACCACUUCCCCGGAAACCAAGACCGCCUGGAGGGAGGAAGGAUCGAUGUGUGGUGGAUCGUCCAUGAUGGUGGACUGCUUAUGCUGCUGCCCUUUUUACUCAUUCAACACAAGGUAUGGAGGAAGUGUAAAAUGCGCAUCUUCACGGUGGCCCAGAUGUAUGACAACUCCAUCCAGAUGAAGAAAGAUCUGCAGAUGUUCCUGUACCAUCUACGUCUGGAUGCAGAGGUGGAGGUGGUGGAGAUGCACGACAGUGACAUCUCGGCGUUCACCUAUGAGAAGACUCUGAAGAUGGAGCAGAGAUCUCAAAUGCUGAAGCAAAUGCAGCUGUCCCGCACGGAGCGGGAAAGAGAGGCUCAGCUGAUUCAUGACAGGAACACGGCGUCCCACUCGGCCAAGGAAGACAAAGCCUCCUGCAGCACCCCGGAUCGCGUCCACAUGACCUGGACCAAAGACAAACUGGUCCAUGAGAGGAACAAACACAGGGAAGGAAUGGGAGUCAAGGACAUGUUUAAUAUGAAACCGGAGUGGGAAAGUCUCAACCAGUCCAACGUGCGGCGGAUGCACACAGCUGUCAAACUAAACGAAGUGGUGGUGAAGAAUUCCCGGGAUUCACAGCUGGUGUUGCUCAACAUGCCGGGUCCACCCAAGAGCAAGAAAGGGGAUGAGAACUACAUGGAGUUCCUCGAAGUUCUCAUGGAAGGACUAGAUCGUGUCUUGUUGGUUCGUGGAGGAGGUCGGGAAGUGAUCACCAUCUACUCUUAGUCCCAAGAUUACCCAAAACGCCAGGAUGGUAUCAGCACUGGAAGGAAAACCCGGAAUGGACGGUGGCAGUUGGGGGCUCGGAACCAAAAGACGGAAUGUCGGACAUGGACAUCGACCGUGAAGACGCCCCAUCCUGCAGUCGAAAUAUCUAUAGACGCUUUGGAUUCCUUUCAUGUCAGCGUGAUUAAUGACUCGAGUUGAUUGACUUCUCCUGACGUUCUGACAAAGAAUCAUCAUGUCAAUCAUCUGGAUUAUUUUUUUCACCGAACUUCUGGAUCACCUUCACUCUCCGAAAUCCAUUUUCCUCUCGUCUUCUGAUGGAUUCUUAACAUCUACGUCUUUACCAAUCGGUCAUACCUCCUGCCGUUUCAUUUUGAAAGUAUUUACAACAUCAAUCAUGAUGGCAGCAACCUUUGUUCAUCACACAGCAGCUUGACUGUAUAGUUAGUAUUCCAUGUACAGUAUGGAACCGCUAUGAAAAUAAUAAAGGGAAUAUUUCAAUCACAAACAUUUACUUAAAAACAUCAAAAGUAUCACAUGUGGAGUCCAUCGUAUGCUAGCUAAUUAUUGCUAAUCAAUGGUAGCAUAAUUAGGGUUGCAAUACGUUGUUACUGUGGCCAAUGGGGUGGCCGAACGGGUGGCCACCCCUGAUUUUGGAAAAAAAAAAUUUUGUCUAAUAAUUUAAUUUUUGUAAUAUUUCAGCUAGGCGGCACGGCGGUCUAGUGGUUAGCGCGCAGACCUCACAGCUAGGAGACCAGG